AUGGCUGGACGCUACGAGAGGGUAAAUGCCCAAGACGAAGAUGACUUCAGUAGCCCCAACUCCGCACCGCCCAGGCACUCUCAACCCAUACCAAAUUCUCCUCCUCCCUCCUUCCACUCAAGAGCAUCAUCGCGCGACCGCGCUGCCCGCGGAGUUGAUCCGACACUCGCCGAUGCAUUCGAUACCGACGGUGACGAUAGCGAUGACGACGCCGACGACCGACAAAGACUAGUCCGUGCCGACUCCACCCAUGCCUCCGCCGACGCAUCACGCAACCCGUCCUCCGAUGCGAGACCCUACGCCGACAGACAAGUCACCCAACUUCCCCCGACGACAGCAUCGGCCGCCAGUGCACCCGCGACGCCGUUCCGCAUCUACGGCAGCGGUAUCCAGAAUGAGGGUGUCUUCUCCAACUUGACGGCUAAGCCCGAGCGUGGCGGCGAGACGAAGGAGGAACAACCUCCGACGUACGAGCAAGCCGCGGCAGAUGCGGCGCCGCCCUACUGGGAGACGACCAUUCUGGCUCCCGGCCUCGGCGGUCCUGAUGAAGUAUAUAUCGACGGCAUGCCGGUCGGAUCCCUCUUCAGCUUUCUCUGGAACGGCAUGAUCUCCAUGUCUUUCCAGGUCGUUGGUUUCAUCCUCACCUACCUCCUCCACUCGACUCACGCCGCCAAGAACGGAUCACGUGCCGGUCUCGGCAUCACGUUAAUACAGUAUGGUUUCUACAUGAAGGGCACGACGGAAGGCGACCACCCGCCCAAAAUGAAUGGCCAAGACGGAUACGCGGCACCUCCGGACCCGAACUCGCACAACUUUGACCCCAACGCGGUGACGGGCGAGGGCGGCGGCGGCGUGACGGACAUUACGGGACAAGAGUGGAUUGCGUAUAUCUUAAUGGUGGUCGGGUGGUUCAUUCUCAUCAGGUCUCUCAGCGACUACCUCAAGGCGCGGCGUCACGAGCAACUGGUUUUGCAGAGCCCCGACCGCGGGCUGCCCGUGCCCAUCAUCGCUGACGGCGAGUCUUCGGAGAGAGUGGUAUAG